UUACUGCGGAUUAGUAUCACUGAACAGCGACGGCCGUGGGAUCAUGGAUUUUGAUACAGUGCUUCCAGAAGUAGGUGGUUUCGGAUUAUACCAAAAACUCGUGAUCUGUGUUUUGCUUUUACCAGCAGUAAUACCAUGCGCUUUCCAUGCAUACAGUCAAUUGUUCAUUGCAGCCACACCAAACCACUGGUGCAAGAUACCUGAACUUAAGGAAGUUGAACCAUGGGCUUCAAAACUUAUUAAGGAGCUGAGCAUUCCACUAGAAAUGAAGGAUGGACGAUCCCGAUCAGCAAUGUGUAGUAUGUACGCAAGAAAUUACUCACACCUUUUCAAUCUGAUGCAAACUAACAGCAGCACAACGUUGAUGAGAGAUCUAUCACCUUCUACAAAUAUCACUAGUUGCCUUAAUGGUUGGAACUACGAUACAUCCGUGUUUAAAUCUACUGUUGUUACAGAGUGGAAUCUGGUGUGCGAAAAAGAAUUUUACCCCACGGCAGCGUUGAUAGUUUUCGGAGUAGGAGGACUCAUAGGAAAUUUCAUUUUUGGCUACAUGCAGGAUUAUUGGGGACGCAAGUCUUCGUUUUUCAUAUAUUUAAUCAUAGAAAUAGUUGCAUGCGCAUCAGGCGUGUUUGCGUGGAACUUUGAACUGUGGCUAGUAACGCGGUUCAUUGUUGGGUUAACUGUACCUGCCAUCCUUUCGAGCCCAUAUGUUUUAGCUAUUGAGCUCGUUGAGCCUAAGAAACGAGAUUUUUGUACUAUUGUGUCUAACAUUGCCUACUCGAUAGGUCUUGUAUUGCUCGCAGGGAUCGUGUACUUGUUUCGAGACUGGAGGUCGUUAUCCCUAGCUGUUUCGCUUCCAUUAUUGUUAUUAUUCGCUUUCUACCACUUCAUUCCUGAAUCACCUCGCUGGUUAGUAGCCAGAAAUAGGUUUAAAGAUGCUGCUCAGGUUAUGGAAACUAUGGCAAGAUUAAAUAGAAAGACCAUUCCUUCUAACUAUGAAAAUAUUCUGAAAUCUAAAUUCAGUAUACUUAAUGAUGUAAAUGGUGUUUCUAAGUACAACUACGGCAUUAGUGAUUUGUUCGCAGGUCGUCAAAUGGCCCGCAAAACAAUCAUCAUAACGUUUAUAUGGUUCACCAAUACAAGUGUUUAUGUAGGUUUGAGUUACUAUGCACCAGCACUUGGUGGCGAUGAGAUCUUCGUUUUCUUUUUGGCGGGUUUAGUCGAACUUCCAACAUACAUAAUACUUUGGCCUAGCAUCUAUUAUUUUGGCAGACGGUGGAUUUUGUUUGUAUCUAUGGCCUUAGGAGGAAUAGCAUGUCUUUCCACAUACAUCACGCAAAGUAAUCGUGUCAUCACCCUCGCGAUGUACUGUGUAGGAAAAAUGGGAAUAUCAUCUGCAUUUGUGAUUUUGCCACUUGCUGCUUCUGAGCUGUAUCCAACAGUUGUGCGUGGAUUAGGAAUGAGCUUCAGUUCCGUAAUAGGAAUGAUAGGACCCAUCGUGAUCCCUUUGAUCAAUUAUACGGGCAGCGAGCUGACGGUUUUCCCCCUAAUCAUCAUGGGAUUGCUUCUUAUUAGUGGAGGAUGCGCUAGUCUGUUGUUGCCGGAAACAAAGGGCGUUAGUUUACCACAGACAUUAAAUGAUGGCGAAUGUACAAUACUGACGAAUCCUUUCCGAAAAGCUGCCUGUCGAAGCAAAAGUUAAAUAUAGGUAUAUACUAGUUGAAUGUAACAGGUGUUCCUCGAAAUUAUUGGUUUGGUGAUGCUAUUGUUGAUACAACUUAAAAUAUGAUACAAUCGAUAUGUCAUUGUAGCCAUUUUUUUUAUCGACAACGCAUAAAAGAUGAUUUAAAAAAAUAAAGCGCGCUCCAUGAUACGAAUAGCUAAAUGUUUUUGGUAAAAUGUUUAUACUUCAGAUCCAAUAGAUUAUCGACAUUGUCUUAAAUAUGAACAAAUCUUACUUGAUUGUUAGAAAAUUGUCCUAAUAAAUGAUUUAAAUUCAGUCUCCUAGUAGACGAGAAAAUGUCUGCACCAACAUUUCAAUAGGGCGAAACUGAUUUUGUAAACAAGAGCUUCUCGUGCCCACCGAUGCAACCCAGAGCCAGAGACGAUGGUAUUAUAUAGAGACACGCGGAGAGAAUAAAAGCAAUUCUGGCUUCACGGCCAGCAGACAAAAAAAUUCUGUGCGAUCGGCAACAUAAAAAAUUGUGAUAACUUGAAGUGACUCUCAGUGUGAGCAGUUAUUUUGUUUGCUCCAACUACAUAUUUUCUCUUAUUUAGCACCAUUUCCUUAUAUUCAACAGUAAAUAUGAUUAAAUACCAUAUAUAAAUUUGCUAUGAGAAUUCUGAAAACAUCUUCAUUCACUGAACUUUUCAAACUUUUUUAUAAUUUCUAUAAUGUUGAUUACAAUACCUAUCUUGCAUUUAGUACAGAUUUGUAAUGUUUGUUUACUUUGCUUGUUUGGUACCGCGUUUGACGGUUCGUUUGGUACUUUCGGCUUCACUGUUUGCGGGUCUCUAUCUAUAAACAACGUCUCUGCCCAGAGCUAUUUAAUGAAAGAAUAGGAUUCGCUACUUUCAUCAGUGGUGUUGUGUUGCAUGGGUGGGCUCGAAUUAGCCCAAAAGCGACGUGAGAAGCUCUUGUUUACAAAAGCAGUUUCGCCUUUUUGAAAUGUUGGAGACGAUAUGUUAUUUUACUCUGGACUCCUUUAUACUAAUGACACACUGGUGGUAUAAGUAUCAUGAUACAAGAAUCUUGAAAUGACCAAUUAUUUUCUUUAUUGUCGAUGCAGAUAAAAUCAAGAACAUGUAUGAACUUGUCUCAACUACGCCGCUCGACUGAAACGUCGCUGGUCGCUGGCGACCCUUUCCAGAAAGUGCUCCAGCGACGCAGGCAAAUUCAAUGCGUCGCUGCAGCACCAAACUGAAAAGCGCUCGCUGGUUGAGCGACGCGACGGUCCAGCGACGUUCUAGCGAUGACUCGCAUAGACAAUAUCAAAGAUAUUUAGUCUUGGAAUAAUUGGUGAGUAUAUGUAUUAAAUUCUUCGUUUUCUUUUUUUUGCCUUUCUUGUACACUAAGUAUACGUAAAGGCUAUAUGAUCACUCCAAAAACAAACUUUUGAUAGAAGACUAGGAGACCAAUAGUGUUAUAUACCAAUCGACUCAGCUCUCCAAGUUGAGGUGAUGUCUGUUUGUGUGUAUGUAUGUAUGUAUGUGUGUGUAUGUAUUUUUUAUUCUUCCUAAGCAAUGGAGGGGGAAUCUGCUCAACAGACAUCCUGGGUUGUCCAGGAAGUGCGGGGUUAGGGACCACCUCCAACAGCAAACACGAGGGAGGCAGGACUACAUCCCCGACCCGCUAAACCGUUUCCAUUGCCGCCAAUCCCAUCGUCACUUCGGUACAACCAGAAAGUAAUGCUUCAAAGGGGGGCCAGUGCACAACGCACCCUCAAGGUUAGCUGCGUGUCCUUGCAGCAUGGAACAUCGUGACUCGCUUUUUUAGAAGAACACCAUGGUAUCGUGCCAGCGCAUUGCCGGCUUUCCAGGUGGCCUUACCACGCCCUAUGUCCUCGGAAGGUGGGAAGGGUCGACUUCGCGCCUGCUUCCCUUUGCACGACUGGUAGCAAAAAUGAUGAUGCAGCGUGCACCCCAAAUUGACCUCUCUGCGAUAGGGUCUAUUCGCCAAUACACAGAGGGACUUCCCGACGCGGUGCCUACGCCUGCCCCAGCCUUGACGAGGACCCCUUUCCGUCCUCGGGCUCGGAAUCCGCCCGGUUGACCGACGCCGCGAAAGCGACGAUACCAUGUUUGUUCUUCGCGCGGCCACUUGUUCGAUAAAAGCAUCGAGUUCGACCACAGAGCAUGACCACCGGUAUAACCCAUGAAGCCGACUCCGAACCCUUGGACCACCUCUUAUUUGCACCUGAACUAACCAUUCUUGAGUCCACGCGUCACCUUCUGUGUAGCUCCGAGACGAUUUGGGCGAUAGCCGAUAAAACGGCGUUCCAGCCAAUUUCAUCUUUGCACUAGGUUGUCCGGGGCUGUGUCCAGACCACAUGUGGCAAGCAUGUGGUCACGCAUUGUGCGAAAACGUGGGCAAAACUUUCUCACGUUUCUCGUGUCUUUCCGAUGAUAGCACUCAAUAUCUUCCGCUAGGCUGAUGCAGAUAGGGACCAUCCCGGCGAUAACGCAUACUGCCUCCGACGAUAUCAUUCUGUAGGCGCUCGCGACUCGUAUGGCCAUCAGCCGGAACGAACUUUGUAGCCUUCUACGGUUCCGCUUGGUUUCCAGCGCAUUGCCCCAAGCGGGGACUCCAUACCGCAGUAUCGAUGACGAGACACUACCUAGUAGACGCCUGGUGCUACUUCUUGGACCGCCAACGUUUGGCGUGAUCCUUGCACCAUAGCACCUCCGUCUUAUGGUGAGAUAUUUGCAGCUUCACUCCGUUCAUCCAGCUCUCGAUCAUUGCUAUCGCCUCCGUCGCCAUCACCUCUACUUCUUCAAGUGUCUCGCCCAUCACCGUUAGUGACACGUCGUCCGCAAAACCCACGAUUUUAACUUUUCUAGGCAACCGCAGACUCAGGACUCCAUCGUACAUCCCGUUCCAAAGAGUUGGACCGAGAAUGGAGCCUUGAGGAACACCCGCUGUAACCCGCAUCGACUUACGCCCUUCGUUAGUGUCGUACACCAACACUCUGUACUGAAAGUAGCUCUUCAGGAUAUGGCACAGGUAACCAGGGACCCGCAUUCUAUGCAGCGCUGAUGCGAUGGCUUCGGAGCUGGCACUAUUGAACGCAUUUUUUACAUCUAUUGUUACCACUGCGCAAUAUCGAUCUCCUCUUCGCUUCUGUUUGGACGCCUUCUCAGCGCUCUCGAGUACUGUCCGAAUAGCAUCCACCGUCGAUACUCUAUUGCAACUGCAUCUUCGACAGUCUAAACUGCAUCUUCGACAGUCCGCGCUCCCCCUCCGUACAUUUUGCAAGCCUAUUCAGGAUAGUCCUCUCCAGGAGCUUCCCGAGUGUGUCCAACAGACAUAUAGGUCUGUACGAAGCCGGAUUACCCGGAGGCUUUCCUGGCUUCGGCAGCAACAUCAGCUUCUGAAUCUUCCACAUUUCUGGGAAGUUGCCUUCGUCCAGGCACUUUUGCAGCACUGUUCUGAACAUAUGCGGACAUGCCACGAGAGCAGCUUUCAGCGCCACGUUCGGUAUUCCAUCCGGGCCGGGGGCUUCGCCGCUUCUGCAAGCUCCUCAUUGGACACUUGUUGGUACUCAGCGUUUGUUUCUUCUUCUUCACCGUACGGUAUUGGUGGCCACGUGGUCGGGUCGUGUUGCGGGAAAAGACCCUCUACGAUUUCCUUCAACUUGAUCGGACACUUUUCGGCCGGCGUCGACGGACCCUCCAUCUUCGCCAUCACGACUCUAUAAGCAUCCCCCCAUGGGUUGGCGUCUGCUUCUCGACACAACUCCUUGAAGCAGUCUGACUUGCUAGCUUUGAUGGCCUUUUUUAAAGCGGUCCUAGCAACCCGAAACGCCGCCUUGCACUAAUCUUUCUCUGGUUCCGUCCUCGCUCUCUGUGCUCGCCUCCUGGCUCUGAGACAAGCAGCACGAAGCGUACUGAGUCCCUCGUUUCACCAGUAAGCUGGACGCCAUUUGCUCCUCGGCUCCAGUUUACGUGGCAUUGCUGCAUCACAAGCCGUUACCAUUCUCCUUGUUAGCUCGACUGCAUUUACGAUCUCGGUACCGCUGUCCGAUCGAAGUGCCUCGACGAAGAGGUCUUUAUUGAAGGCCUUCGUCUUCCACUUCCUCUCGCUGGUCAUCCUUCUCCGCGUUUCACCAUUGUUCCGUUGGCCGAUACGGUAACGUAUCGCCUGAUGGUCGCUAUGGGUAUAGUCUUCACUUACUUUCCAUGUUUGUCGUCAGUGAAGGGCUACAGAACGUGAUGUCAAUUAUAUACUCCCUCCCGUCUCUCCGAAAUGUGCUCACGGAGCCUUCAUUGCACAAUCGUACGUCUAGCUUCGCUAGAGCUUCCUGCAGGACAUAUCCUCUUGUGUUGGUCAGUAGAGCACAAGAGUGCCCCACUCCACAGCCCAGGCAUUAAAGUCACCUGCUAUGACUACUGGCCUUCGUCCAAUCAGCUUGUCGGUUAACUGAUCCAUUAUAUGGCUGAACCGUUCCACGGUCCAUCGUGGAGGUGCAUAGCAGCUGCAUACAUAGACGCCGUUGAUUUUGGCAAUCACGAAGCCUUCACAUGAACUCUCCACCACUUUUUGAAUUGGGAAUUUGCCCAUAACUUGUAUCGCAGCCAUUCCCGAACUAUCUGUCAACCAGUUGCCGUUAUCAGGAGGAACUUGAUACGGCUCUGCAAUUAUCGCGACAUCGCACAUCUUUUCCGUUGUUGACUGCCACAACAGUUGCUGUGCGGUUUCGCAGUGAUUCAGAUUAAUUUGGAUUAUCUCCACUACUGUUGACCUGCGAUCACCCUC